AUGGACUGCCAGCUGCUGCCCGUGUUGCUGCUGCUUUUGCUGAAGGCCUCAGUCUUAUGGGGCCAGGGGUCAGGGCCCCAUGAGCCUUCUGGAGAGCCCCCAGAGCAGGUCCCUCAGGGGGUCCCAGAGGAGGACGGGGUCCUAGUGCUGAAUGGCAGCACCUUGACCCUGGCCCUGCAGGAGCACUCAGCUCUGCUGGUGGAAUUCUAUGCCCCGUGGUGUGGGCACUGCAAGGCCCUGGCCCCAGAAUACAGCAAGGCAGCCAAGCUGCUGGCAGCAGAGUCUGUGAGGGUCACGCUGGCCAAGGUGGACGGGCCUGCAGCGGAGGAGCUGGCUCAGGAGUUUGAAGUGACUGGGUAUCCUACAAUCAAGUUUUUCCGAGAUGGGAACAGAACACAUCCAGAGGACUAUACAGGUCCGCCAAAGGCUGAGGGCAUCGUCAAGUGGCUGAUGCGAAGGGUUGGGCCCAGUGCUUCCAAGCUGGAAACCGAGGGGGACGCCCAAGCACUAAUAGAGGCCCAGGACCUGGUAGUCAUCGGCUUCUUCCAGGACCUACAGGACGACAGUGUGGCCACCUUCUUGGCCUUGGCCCGGGAUGCUCUUGACAUGACCUUCGGCCUCACUGACCAGCCACAACUCUUCCAAAAGUUUGGUCUAACCAAGGACACUGUGGUCCUCUUUAAGAAGUUUGAUGAGGGUCGGGCUGACUUUCCUGUGGACGAGGAGCUGGGCCUGGACCAGGCCGACCUGUCUCGGUUCCUGCUCACACACAGCAUGCACCUGGUCACAGAAUUCAACAGUGAGACCUCCCCAAAGAUCUUUGCUGCCCGGAUCCUGAACCACCUGCUCCUAUUCAUCAAUCAGAGGCUGGCCUCACACAGGGAGCUCCUGGAAGACUUCCGGGAGGCAGCUCCCCCAUUUCGGGGGCAGGUGCUGUUUGUGGUGGUGGAUGUGGCUGGAGACAAUGAUCACGUGCUUCAGUACUUUGGCAUGAAGGCCCAGGAGGCCCCAACUCUCCGCUUUGUAAACAUUGAGACUACCAAGAAGUAUGCGCCUGCAGAUGGGUUAUCAGUCACCCCAGAUAGUGUCUCAGCCUUCUGCCACUCAGUCCUCAAUGGUGAGAUCAAGCCCUAUCGCCUAAGUCAGGACAUCCCACCUGACUGGGACCAGCGGCCUGUGAAGACUCUCGUGGGCAAGAAUUUCGAGCAGGUGGCUUUUGAUGAGAACAAGAACGUGUUUGUCAAGUUCUAUGCCCCUUGGUGCACACACUGCAAAGAGAUGGCUGCAGCCUGGGAGGCACUGGCUGAAAAGUACAGCGACAGGCAGGACAUCAUCAUUGCUGAACUGGAUGCCACGGCCAAUGAGCUGGAGGCCUUUGCUGUGCAUGGCUUUCCUACCCUCAAGUACUUCCCAGCAGGGCCAGGCCGGAAGGUGAUUGAAUACAAAAGUGCCAGAGACCUGGAGACCUUGUCCAAGUUCCUGGACAAUGGGGGCGAACUUCCAGUGGAGGAGCCUGCAGAUCUUCCUAAAGCACCCUUUCCAAAUUCUGAGGUGGGCCUGAACCUCUUCCAGAUGGCCAACUCUACCACGGCAUCCAAAGAGGAGCUGUAG